AUGAGCGGUCGCAGGCGAAGGGCGUCGACGUCGAGCGUCGAAACCAUAGAUGGAGACAAGAUCCGCUGGUUGCAAGAGUCUUCCGUUGUCAGAUCACAACCCAAGGACGUCUCCAAGGAUGAUUAUCCUUGCUUCGAGCUUCGUGAUGCCACCGUCUACGAUAGAAAGGGAGAGGCUCUCGAAAACGCACUCAAUGUCGUCGUGCGAGGCCCAUAUAUCGUGCGAGGCCAUCUCAUCAUAGACGAUCCCUCUCAAAAGACACACCUGAUCAUGAGGGUCCGAGCAUCUACACCUAUAGAAAUACGCCAUUGUAUCGCUUAUUCGAUCGGAGAAGACGAUGGGCGCCCUGUUGUAUGGGUUCUGGGUCGGGGCGGCUGGUACGAGAUAAACCCUUCAGACGCAUACCGACCGAUAUUCAAUAAGAUGUGCGAGGCCACGACCAUGUAUUACAGUUUAGUGGACAUAUACAGCUCUGGCAAAUUUGGCAAGACACCCGCGGCAUCGGGUGCCAAUCUCCUAGAGGCUCUUCGCACUGAUUUGUUGCAGUAUGCCAUGAAAGUAGGCGAUGGAGCAACGUUCAACGAGGUUAUACAGCGGUGUGCUGAGCACGCCAUCUUCUUCGUUUGCCAAUUUGGACAGGAGUCUCUCAGCCUUAUAGACUGGAAGCAAACCCCAUUCCAUAAAUGGUUCACGGUUGAGCACGCCGACGUGGUGCAUAAAACAGAGUUGGCGCUCAAAAAUCCACGAAAACCAAGCAGUCCGGCGCGCGAGAUAGUGAGUCCGGCGCCGAGUAACAGGUCCUCCAAUCGCAUUACUAGGAGUCUAAGCACGGAGGUUGUUGAUCUCGAUCAAAUCCAGCUAUCGAAACGGCCGAAACCAAGCCCUCUUGCAGAUGUGGCCAGCCCUAGUGCUGCUGCUCAGAGUGCUGCUGCUCAGAGACCAGCAAUGCCUACGCAAUCUACUGACGGUGCAAUGAGCACUGCAGCAGAUGAUGACUCUCCAUUGGCCUCCGUCCUCGCUGCAUUAGAAGCGUUAUAUGCCGAAAAAGGUGGUUCUAAAAAGGGUCUCACUGCGACGAAUUCUCUCAAUUUCAUCUACUUCAACUACAGAAUCCCCAAUUAUAAAGACGGCUCUGUAGGAGCCCAUCGCAUUCCCUCUGAAGAGGUCUUGCAUUAUAAUGCUGCCGCCUUAUUGCAGGUACUUGACAAGGAGAGGUUCCAGAAGCACGAGCUCUGGUCUUUUCUCGAGGAGUUGUCAACAAAGCCAUUUUCUGCCCGCGCCAUAAAAGCAUCGGAAUUCCCUUUUCGACUGAUACCGCGCAAAGCCAUGCCGCGUCAAUCCAAGAAGCCUGCGCCAACUGCGCCAACUGCUGUUGACCCAGAAUCAUCCUCACAUGAAGCUGCCGCAGCAAGUCCCAACGAUGCUCCUCGGCGUAUUGGCAAAUCACUAAAACGACCUGGCCGGAGACCGAUCAAAACAUCAGGCCUACGAACAGGAACUGCCUCCAAGAAAAGAACUCACGCCGAGAUUGGAGAUGAGAGUGAGCCGGACUCCGAAGCCUCGGGCAUCAAACGGUCACACUAUUUCUCGGAUAAGGACGAGGAGGAGGAAGAGGGAGACACUUCUAUGCAAGACUUGACCGAAUUGAACACCCCUAGAAAAGCUGGUCCGUCUGUUCAGCCGCAACCAGACGACGUAGAGCCGAUCCAGAUUGUAAUUCGCACAGAGAAGAUACCUUCCACCGUCCCCAAAGGCCCCGAUGAUACUUGGACGUGCGAAGAGGAUGGCUGCGCUUAUGUUGUGCGUGGUGGUGACGCGCAAGGGUGUCAAACUCGCAUUCAAAAACACUUUGAAGAACACCAGGAGCAGAACAAAAGACUCAACCUCGCAGUCACAGAAAGCAGCCGUGGCCACAUGCCGAUUAAUCAUCUACUCGAGAAACUCAAGCGAAUGGGCGAAAAAGCCCAGCCGAACCAGUCGCCAGUGGCUCAGGAUGGAACACUCCCGCAGCCGAUCAAGAGGAAACUGAUAGUGUGA